AUGCCUAUCAAGACCGAUACACGGCCCCCGCUUGAAGAGGCAAGUGUGGAUAACAAUGGACCCCUUAUAUCAAUUAUUACGUUUAUUGCCUUUUCUGUCACAUUCAUCAUCGUCAUCAUCAAGACUUGGUCCAUGGUAUAUCUAAAGCGGGUGGUACUCUCGGUUGAUAUUCCAAUAUGGACCGGCACAAUAGUAGCGCUCCUCCAAAGCCUCCUGAUACAGUUUGCCGUCGAUCAUGGACUUGGAAGGCAUUUCGAAGCUCUCUUGAGCAGUACGUUGGAUGCGAACAACCGGUUGACUUACACUGCCCAACUUCUGUUCUUUGUGGUUCUUUCUCUUACUAAAAUAUCGUCGAGCAAUUUGAUCCUGUCGAUCAGCCCAACCCAAUCCAUUGAGAUAUAUUGCCGCAUUACGCAAAUGGCCAUUGCUGGAUGGACAGUGUUGGCAAUCUUUGGAUCCGCCUUUCAAUGCCAAACGCCACGUUGGCAAUAUUAUCCUAGUCGCUGCCUUGGAGAGGGAGCCAUCAUGUAUCCGAUUAUGACUAUCAACAUGUUAGUUGACCUAGUGCUUGUGGCUCUACCAACAGCCAUGCUUUGGAACGUCCAAAUGCCAUUGGCUCGUCGCGUAAAGCUGAUCGCAGCGUUUGCGUCUCGCAUUAUAGUCGUUGUGGUUGAUGGUUUCCAAAUAUCUUACCUGGGGCAAUACUUACAUUCUACCGAUCCCACCUGGUCCAUUUUCAGUGUAACAGCUUGCAACCACAGAGUAAUGAUGAACGCCAGUAUUAUUACGACGUGUAUCCCUAAUUUGUACCGCGUCAUGAAUAGCCUGGCCCUUGGAAUGAACAGAGUCCAAAUCCCUGAGGAAUUAGAGCUGAGCUUGUCGAAGAAGUCUAAUGGGGCAGGGUCUGGCUCCCACGGUGUUGCUUCCCCGGGACCCAGCUUCCAGGCUGGAAGAGGUGUGCUCAAGGUCGUCCGCUACCCCCGAGAAGCCGGUAAGAGAGAAGAUAGUAAAUGCGUACAGAGUACCACCGUGUAUGCUGGCGACCACGAUAGGGCCGACAGUACGGAAAGAAUCAUUGCAUCGCAUAGGACAGUCUCGGACCAUUUCAGUGAACAGGAAGAUGAAGAUAAUUCCCGAUGCAGAAUACAUAACGACAGCUAG